AUGAACCCAUUAUACAGGCAAAAUCUGGCUCAAAUUAUUCAGGCUGGCCAGCGAAUUAUUGAUAACCCUGUUUACAUUGGAGAUCUUGGAGCUGCAUUGACUGCUGGGGAACCAGAAGAACUCCAACAAGUUCUUGAAGAAACAAAUAUUCCUCGUCGUUUGAUGCUGUCCUUAUCACUGCUGAAGAAAGAGUAUGAACUCAGUAAACUGCAACAAAAAAUUAGUCGAGAGGUUGAAGAAAAGGUGAAGAAGCAACAUCGGGAGUACAUGUUGCGGGAGCAAUUGAAGAUCAUUAAGAAGGAACUGGGCUUGGAGAAGGAUGACAAAGAUGCGAUUGUUGAGAAAUUCCGUAACAGGCUGAAAGGUCUUCUCGUCCCACAACAUGUGAUGGACGUGAUUGAUGAAGAAUUCAGUAAACUAUCAUUCCUUGACAAUCACUCUUCAGAAUUUAAUGUUACCCGGAAUUAUUUGGACUGGCUGACCAGUAUGCCCUGGGGCAAAAGCAGUGAAGAGAACUUUGAUCUGGACUAUGCCCGCAGUAUCUUGGAGAGGGACCACUAUGGAAUGGAAGAUGUUAAAAAUAGGAUCUUGGAAUUUACUGCUGUAAGCAUACUAAAGAAAACUACCCAAGGAAAGAUUUUGUGUUUCUAUGGGCCUCCAGGUGUCGGCAAAACCAGCAUUGCCAAAUCAAUUGCCAAGGCUCUCAAUAGAGAGUAUUUCAGAUUCAGCGUUGGUGGCAUGACUGAUGUAGCAGAAAUCAAAGGGCACAGGAGAACGUACAUUGGUGCCAUGCCUGGAAAAAUCAUCCAGUGCUUAAAGAAAACCAAAACAGAAAAUCCUUUGAUCCUCAUUGAUGAAGUGGAUAAAAUAGGCAAAGGUUAUCAAGGUGACCCUGCAUCUGCUCUUCUUGAACUCCUAGACCCAGAACAAAAUGCCAACUUUUUGGACCAUUAUUUAGAUGUUACUGUUGACCUCAGUAAGGUUCUCUUCAUUUGUACAGCCAAUAUAACUGAAACCAUUCCUGAACCUCUGCGAGACCGAAUGGAAAUGAUCGAUGUAUCCGGCUAUGUUGCAGAGGAAAAAAUGAACAUUGCCAAAUCGUAUCUUGUUCCUCAAGCCCAAAAUAAUUCAGGUGUCCUUGGUGAUGUAGUGGACAUCAAUGACGAAGCCAUGAGGCUGCUUAUUAAAUGUUACUGCAGAGAAAGUGGAGUUCGAAAUCUGCAGAAGCAAAUUGAAAAGGUGUACAGAAAAGCUGCAUUUAAAAUUGUAAAUGAAAACAUCCAAAAAAUCACUGUGUCUCCUGACAAUCUGUCUGAUUUUGUGGGUAAACCACUUUUCACAACGGAAAAGAUGUACGAACAAACUCCUGCUGGAAUUGUCAUGGGAUUAGCUUGGACAGCCAUGGGUGGCUCUACUUUGUAUAUAGAAACAUGCCUGAAGCGUCCCCUUCUGGAGAAUGACAAAGAACCAGGUUCGUUGGAAACAACUGGUAAUCUUGGACAAGUGAUGAAGGAGAGCAUCCAACUGGCAUUUACAUUUGCCAAAUCCUUUAUGGCUGACAAACCUCCAAAUGACAAAUUUCUUCAGCAUGCACAUCUCCAUCUUCAUAUACCAGAGGGUGCCAUACCUAAGGAUGGCCCGAGUGCUGGUUGCACCAUUGUCAGUGCAUUACUCUCUCUUGCCAUGAACCGUCCUGUACGACAGAACAUUGCAAUGACUGGUGAGAUAUCUUUAACCGGUAACAUCUUACCUGUUGGAGGAAUUAAAGAAAAAACAAUUGCUGCCAAGCGGGUGGGUGUGGACUGCAUCAUCUUGCCAGCUGAAAACCAAAAGGAUUAUUCUGAUUUACCAUCAUUUAUCACCGAGGGCCUUGAGGUUCACUUUGUCAAUCACUAUCGAGAUGUGUUCCAUAUUGCAUUUCCCCAAUCUUCACAUGACGACAACCAGUGGCUGACCAGCUUGACGGACAGAUCUACAGACAUUUUGAAUGGCAGAUGGAAACUCACACCCUAA